UCCACCGUCUUGGACAUUCAUCUGUAAAGAUUGCCAAAUCUUAACGGAAAAUUAGCAGAAAAAAAAAUUGUGCAAUGAAACUAUUCUUCCUUUUGGGAAUCUGUUUCCUCUUUUCGAAUUCAGAAGCUUUCGGCUUCGGCUUUGGUAACGGAUCUGAAGAAGAAAGAAGCGUGCAAAUCUUGUACUUGAAUCAUCGACGAUGUAACGCUGUUGGCACGAAAGUUGUCGUAACUCGGGCGGACGGAUCGUCCGAAUCCUGCACCUGCCAAGGACCACCCACCCAACCACCAACGACGACGGGGACAAGCCCGGUACCAAGCUCUGCUACGUCCGCACCCCCCACAACGUCAGGACGACGUGGAGGCUGGCGACCCAGACCAACGCACCCACCCCCGCGCCCAAGAAGCACGUGGGCAUGCACCACUACUUCCUCUUCGCCGACGACCGUAUCUGCCGGCCCGACGACGGCACCCCCUCCCACGACGAGUGGAAUCCCCACCACGACCACACCCAUUGGAGGAUGAGAAACUUCAUCAAAUUUGAAAAACAUUUUCCAGCAUUUAAAUAAAACAUGUAUGUAGUGUGCGUAGUAAAACUACUUUGUGUUUAGCUUUGAAAAUUAUGUUGUGAAAAUCAUUUGCGAAAUUUGAAUUUGUCAUAAAUCUUCUUAAAUAGCUGUACUACAGUUUUAGAAAUUAUAUAAGACGAAUUUAUGCAAAUUAAAGUUAUUUUGCUUGCAAUCUACAUUUAAAUACUUUAAGAAAUUUUGAAAAU